AUGGGGCAUGUGUUUCAGGCGGAGGCCCUGUUGCUGGAGGUUGGGGCGGAGAUGGGGAGGACAGCGGAGGAGAUGCGGCCCUUUAUUCAAAAGAUAGUGGAGCAAAAUUGGCUUGAGACGAGAGAAAGCCUUGCAUCUCUCACUAAUGAGGAAUGGAAGACGCUGGCCAUUCCUCUUCGUUUGGAGGCCGCCCUGAGGGCUCGCCUCGGCACAUCUGCUGCUGCUGCAGCUCCUGCUGCUGCUGCUGCUGCUGCUGCUGCUGCUACCCCUGCUGCUGCUGCUGCUGAGGUCGGCAGCAGUGGAGGAGGCGCAGCAACGCCUGAAGCGCAAGCUCCAUCUGCGAGGACAGUAACUCCUGAGGCUGCGUCUCCCCCUCCAGAACAGCAGCAGCAACGGCAGCAGCAGCAACAGCAGCAGCAGCAGCAGCAGCAGCAGCAGCAGCCUGUGCUGCGGCUGCAGCAGGAAGAGUAUACUGUAGACAGAGGCGAGGCCCCUGAAGCGCUUUUUGUUUGUUCAGUCGAGGAAGCCCUCGACCAAUUCGAAAGAAAUGUAAUAACUGCAGCAGCAGCAGCAGCAGCAGCAGCAGCAGCAGCAGCAGCAGCAGCAAGAGCAGUAGCAAGACUGGAGAAGGACAUGCGCCCGGAAGCAAUACGCGUGCUGCAGCAGCUGCUGAUGGGAGUUUUGACAGACCCUGCAGCAGCAAAGAAGCGGAGGGUGGGCCGCCAUCCUGCAGCAGUGAGGGUUUUGAUGGCGGUAGGGUUUGCGGAGGAGACAAGCGGAGGCGAGAAGUGUUUGGUGCUGCGAGCAGCUUAUUUACAAAGGUUAGCGGUUUGCUAUCGACUUUUAUCUGAGUUUGCCGCCUCAAUUAAUAUUUCUUCGCCUCCGCUCCCUCGCGGAUAUUUUGACCCCUUUGCAAGCAGCUUUAGUUCGAGUGGAGGACGCAGCGCCUUGCCGCCGUCUGCAGCGGAAGCGAGAGCAGCAGAAGCAAGAGAGAUAGAGCAGCAAAUUAAAGAGAGGGAAAGGCUGCUAGCAACAGGAGGAGGCGCAGCGCCUCCUCCCCUCGAUGUUCAGGUGUAUACGCUUGAAGAAAUGCGUCGAAGAGACAGCGAGCAGCAGCAGCAGCAGCAGCAGCAGCAGCAGGAAGAUUUCUAUGAAGGAGGCAGCGCCAGUCUCCUCACGCCUGCAGACAUUGCCCGCAUUAAAGACGUGAUGGGUGAGGGCCCUAGCUUUCAGUCUCGCGCGAAGCAGCAGCUGCAGCAGCUGCAGCGGCGGACGCCUCCUCUCCGGCGGCUGUCAUUGAAGAAAACCCUCUACGAAGAGGGUUUAGUACCUCGAUGUCUGCUGCACGUUAAGCUCGAACCCGAUUCGCCCGAAGCGCCUCCCUGCUGCAUUGAUACUGAUGCUGUUAGCAGAGCAGGAGCCUCGUUACCCAGCAGCAGCAGCAGCAGCAGCAGCAGCAGCAGCUGGGGGCCUCCUGGAGAUAACUCUCAGGCGCAGCAGCGCGCGGCGGGUGCAUCUGCUGCUGGGUUGAGCAGCAGCAGCAGCAGCAACAGCAGCAACAGCAGCAGCAGCAACAGCAGCAGCAGCAACAGCAGCAGCAGCAACAGCAGCAGCAGCAGCAAGAGCAGGAAGACUCUGUCUCGUUUGUUAGGGUCGAGAAAGAAACAAUAA